AUGACUAAUAAUGAUACUUCUAUAUCUGAAGUUUCAAAUACCAAUAACCUAUCGCAUAAACCAAAUAAAAAACAUACACGUGAAUACAAGUACAAAUUAUAUACAUUUAUUAUCAUCUCAUUACUACAAAUUUUUAUAAAUUAUGACAACGGAGUCAUUCCGGUAAUGCUGAAUUGGAUUCAAGAACCAUAUAACUUUAGUAGUACUGAACUAGGUAUUAUGGGAUCACUUUCAUACUUCGCUUAUGUUGUAAUGUCGCCAAUCAUGCCAUUUAUACUAUUAAAGUUUAGUACUCAACCCUCAAUUACUAUAGCACUGGUUAUUAAUCUCUUGUCAUUGGUUAUUUACGCACUUGCUGUGAACAAGUAUAUGUUCUUCGUUUCUAAAUUUUGUAUUGGAGCUUCACAGUCAUUGUUCACAACAUACUACCCGAUAUGGGUUGAUACAUUCGCUCCAAAAUUUCACAGGAAUCUUUGGAUGUCCGUACUACAAGGUGGUAUAAUGAUUGGGAUGACUUUAGGAUAUGUCGUCACAUCACUGUAUUCAUAUGCCGGUGAUAGGGGAUGGAGGUACAGUAUGCUUACUCAGAUUAUAUGUGAAUUAAUCUUGGUAGCUAUGUUUUACUUAGUCCCAAAGGAGUUUAUUAACUUUGAUCCGUCGAGGGAUGAGCACGUGGAUUUUGACCUUUGUACAUGUGAAACGUCAGAUUCUAAAAGUAUGGAAAUUAAUAUUGACAAAGAUAUUUGUUUGAAUAAUAACAAUGACGACUUAUUCAAUGAUAAAGAUUCUUCUCUUAAACGUUAUCGCAGCCUAGACUUUGUUUCGAACGUAUCAUCACUAGGAAUGACUAACAAAUAUAUUUCGAGAAUUCACUCAACAUAUGAGUGCUCAGCUAAUAAACCCGAAUAUUCUAAAUGCAGUAAAUGUUUCAUAAACAAUGUUAAGUUAUAUCAAGAAACAAUGAGUGUGAAAAACCUCUCGCCAUGGUCGAAAUUCAAAUUGUUAGCUAGACAUAAUAUUUUUAUUUUAACCUGUAUUGGGAUAUCUGCGUUAUAUUUUGAGGUUACUGGAAUUCAUUUAUGGAUGACAAAAAUAGGUGUAAGUCAUUUAAAAGUUAAGGAAAAAUAUUUCCACAUUAUUUUUUCAAUAGAAAUAAUAACAGGUCCUGUGAUCGGAAUUAUUACGGGAUCCUACUUGAUCGACGAAAUUAUUUACCAUUAUCCAGAGCACCCACUUUUUGUUGAUAUUGCACUCAUUAUCUACGGAUUAUUUGCAUUAUUAUUUGGAAUAAUACUGAUUUGUGUUCAAAACCCAAUGACAUUUUCAGUUUGUAUUUUUAUUAUUAUAUUCUCUGGAGCUUCUAUAGUUCCGCCAUUAACAUUACAAUCAGUCGAAUACCUUCCUCAUCGACUUAAACCGGCAGGUGCAUCAUUUUUCAUAUGCCAAUAUCAUAUAUUUGGUUUCACAUUGGGCAGUAUAAUUCCAGGAGUAGCAAUAGACAUAUCUCAUAACCAUACUUCGGCACUUUGUGUAAUAUAUUUGUCAGGGUUCGUAGGCGUAGCGUCUUACCUUCUUAUAAUUAUUAUCAAGCGCAAUUCAAUUAAAAAACAAUGA